AUAUCACUGAUCAACUAGAUUUAAAGAUUAACAAAGACGGUAGUACCGAGCCGUUUGUUUCCAAACUUCCUGAUAUUAAUCUUAACUGUGACAAGAUGGUAUCUUACAAUAAUACCACAUAUUCUAAACGUACUGAAGAUGAUUAUUAUAAAGAUCCUUAUCGAAAACGCGCCCAAGGUUCCCAGAUCUAUAUUUAUGAAGACAGUUCCACUUACGACGAAGCUGAU